AUGGCAUUAGCUACAUCUCAACAACCCACUGCCGAAUCAUCGACAUCCGCCGUACCAUCUUCUUCUUCUGGUUCAACUUCAGCAGAGGUGUUCAAACGAUUACAUCCCUCUCAAUACCUCUCUCGAUUCCUUUCUAAAGGAUACAGACCUGAUGGAAGGAAAGUAAGAGCAUGGAGGGAUGUGUCGAUCAAUGUGGGAUCAAUAUCAACUGCUCAUGGAUCGUCUUUGGUCAGAAUGGGAGAUACGACAAUGGUUUGUGGUAUAAAAGCAGAAGUGGCAGAACCAUCCGCACAAUCACCUAAUCAAGGUUAUGUAGUACCAAAUAUCGAUUUACCAGCUAUAUGUUCACCGAAUUUCAAGCCUGGUCCACCUGGAGAUGAAGCUCAAACGUACUCAAAUUGGUUAAACGAUUUGAUAGUAUCUUCGCGCACAUUACCUCCUUCUUCACUAGUGAUAUCACCCGGAAAAGCAGUAUGGGUCGUAUACAUUGAUGUCGUCUGUAUAAACUUUGAUGGAAACGCUUUUGACGCUGCUGUUUUGGCUGUAAUGGCGGCUCUGAGGAAUGUUCGAUUACCGAAAGCGAAAUACGAUGAAGAAACUUCGCGUACGAUAUGUUCGAGGACAGAGAAUCAUCCCCUUACAUUAGGAAGAAUACCUCUAUCGUGUUCAUUUGGAAUAUUCGAUAGCACGCAUGUGUUACCCGAUCCAACGUCAUACGAAAGCCCACUGUUACCCACUUCGAUCACGAUAGCGUUAGAUGAAGAGAACGAGGCAUGCUUAGUGAGACAAGAGGGGUUGGGAGGUGUAGUGGGGAAAUCUGGCGAAAGAGUGUUAGGCGAAGCUUGGACUAUAGCUGAAGAGAGAUCAAAGGAAUUAAGAAGGAUAUUGGAGGAAAGUGCGAUAUAG